AUGCCCGACUCCCGUGCCAAGAGUGCGCAUCGGGCGAGAAAUCAGGCGGACACACACGUGGGCACGGGCAAGGAUCCUCCCAAUGCUGGCUGGCAUCGAUGUCGCAGCUGCGAUGGGCCAAUACUCCCCACCGCCCAGAGCUUAGGGAGCUUUAGGUACGGGGCAGGAGACUCUGCGUCCUCGAGCAGCUCCACAAGUUUCACAUGCCCUGUGAGCCUCCAUAGGAUGUCUCAGCAGUCUACACAAGUGCCUUGCAGGGCCUUCACCCCCGACAUGCCUGGUCCUAACAGCAAUAGUUUUAGCAGUUGCACUAGUAGUAGCAGCAGUUAUUUUCGCAAUAAACUUGGUCGUGUCAGCAGACAUUACUCCACAAAGUCUCAGCGUAAGGAGGGACCGCAACCGCCGGAGGAAAGGCAGCAGCAAAAAGUAAUACACGGUGAGGGGGAGGAGCCAGACAAAAACGAAGAGAAAGUGCUAUCCUUGUCGAUGCCCCAAAUUUUUUUGUUUGGUGAUUCGAUCUCGCUGGACACUGAGGGGUUAGCCCCGCGUGUGGACGUGGCGAUGAAUAAGGACGCACCACUCAACGACAACAACACCGUCUGCACGGAACAGUCCUCCUCGCCCAUGUGGGCAACAGUACGCAACAAGCGCAGUCCCGAGAGCGCAAGUUGGUUUUCUGGACGCCCGAUUAUUGGCUUCUCGCCUUCAACACGGUCUGAAUUGACUUGUGUAGAGAUCAGCCCCUUUGAGAUGCCCGCCUUUCCCUCAUUGGACGUCUCAGGCGGGCGAAGCAACAAUGACGAGGUCGCCGUGCAAGACGAGGAAGACGGGGAGGGGGAAAAGGACCACAAGGGGCGGAUCCAGCUCCUGCCGAAGAAGGAAUUUAAGCCCAAGUGCAGCCUCGGCGCCGUGGGUGGAGACGCGCCUAUGCAGUUUCGAUUUUCCACCUCCCGUGACGACGCUGAAGCAGAGCGAGGGUGUAUGAAACGCGCUUGUUGCCCCCCGAUGCUCUUUCUCAUUCUUGGCUUCCUGGUGCCAUUCGUGAUUCAGGAGGUGUUUGUGGUGGCAAACCACCUUGCGACGGCUGGGCCGAUUUUGUGCGGGGGAGCUACCUCUAACUGCAAUUUAAAAAGUAUUCUUUUGUUUGUUUUCGCGUAUGGAAUAGAUCUCUAUAUUCCAUUCGCCUUUUUUACACCGGCACUGUUCUUUCUCUCCUACGACGCGGUUGUGAGGAAGGAGCAGGAACGAGAGUUGCAUGCCCACUUGUCGCGCUAUGCUGUGCCAGUCGACACCCCCUCUUCUGCCUGCGUCCGGGCACCCAACGGCGGGAUGGACGACUGCCCCCGAUCCGGCGGCGCAGAGACGCGAGAUCACUGCGAGCAAAGCGAAAGAUCCAAGCUUCGCUGGGACUUGCCUCCAUGCGUCAGUGUGUUGCGUCGCGGUUUCGUGUUUUGGGUGAUUGUUCUGACACGCUUUGUUUUCUUAGCCGCGAUGGACACCUAUUUGCCGUUUAUGACAAAAAUACCAGCAACUCUUUGGGGGCCCAUGCGUUUAGUAGCCUUGUCGUUACCGCUCAUGAUCUAUUCACUGUACGAGACUCGUCCCUUUCUUGCAGUGCCGUACGUCUUACUAGAUGCCUUUCCCCUGCUUUUUCAGCUUGUUCUGGGAAACAACACCAUUCCGACACGUAUUCGCUGCAUGACAGGCCCAAUGAUGCUGGUUAUCUUUGAAAGAAUUUGCUGGUACGUGUCUGUGGCAGCCAUGCCGAAGGACGUGCCUGUGGGAAUCAAGAUAGUCGUGAGCUCCACCUUUACCGCUAUUUAUUUUCUUCUGCUACUAGCGCUAUCACUUACUGUGGAUACCAGGCAAAAUUUUUAUGUGACGAUUGUUGUGGCCGUUCAGGUCCUAUUUUGGGAGCUUCUGUUUAAUAUUCUACUGUUGGAACUUCUUGCCCGUCGAUUAUACGUCCUUCUCAUGAGUUGCUUGUUUCAGCGAGAGGUGCGGACCCCCCGCGUGCAGGCAGCAGAUCCGACGAACAUAUCCACCCAGGUGCGUUGGCCCACGUUGCUGGUUGCGGUUGGUGCCAUUGUUCCAUUUUUUCAAUUUCAUCAAUGGCAUCGCCUCAUACCGUAUAGUGACAAGCAUGGCAAUGUGACGGAGGCGUUCCAGGUAUACGUUGCCACGUUCUUUGCCGUCAUAGGCGCCAUCAUCGUGGCCACCAUUAUAUCACUUCUCAUCCGCUGGAAGCACCAACUGCUCCGCAUGCCGUUACUCAUGGAGGAUUGGUUUCUGCUGCUCGUGUGGGGGUGUUACGUUUUCUCCUCGGUACCGUUGGUGUUGGCAGCAGUCGUCUAA